AUGCAUGCUGUAACCUUUGUAAGCAGAAUUAGUAGUAAGUCGGUUCUUCUGUAUCUUGGUGUACUUCUCCUCACCCAUGACAUCGAGCUCCACCCUGGACCGUACACACCAAAGUAUCCAUGUGGAGUGCGUGCGAAGGCAGUAAGAUGGUCAAAGACAAGGACAGCCGUUGCAUGUGACUCGUGCAAUGUUUGGUACCAUACAGAUUGCAUGGGAAUGUCAACUGCCACAUACAACAGUCUCAAUAACAGCAAUGUUACCUGGUUCUGCGCAAAAUGUGAUCAACCCAACACUUCAUCUUCCUUGCUGGACUCAUAUACUUCUGAGAGUCAGAACAGCUUUGCUGUUCUCUCUGAUCUUCCGGAUGGCCAAACUGAAUCCAGCACAUGUUCAGAUACUUCAUCGUUCAUCUCGAUUGGAACAAUCGAAGAUUUAGAUUCACCACCCAGGACCUCAUCACCACAAAGAGCAAGGAGAUCCAAGAAAAAUAACUGUAAGUCCUUUAAAGUCCUUACUGUAAAUUUUCAGAGCAUCCGUAACAAGAAGGAAGCCUUCUGGGAAGCGGUUGAAUCCUGCAACCCAGACAUCAUUGUUGGCAGUGAGACUUGGUUACGGCCAGACAUCCUUAGCUCUGAAAUCCUCCCGCCGGGUUACAACUUACCGGCCAUCCGGAAAGACAGAAAUGAUGGGUACGGAGGUGUACUUAUUGCAACCAAAUCAGAUAUUAUCGUAUCAGAAGUGUCCAUUGAUACCAACAAGGAAAUUGUGGCUGCUGAAAUAAAAAUCGCUGGUGGUCACAAGCUGAUAGUUAUCUGUCUCUACCGUCCCCCUGAUAACAACGUAGCCAGUGCUGAGGAAAUAUGCAGUGCUAUCAGUGGCGUUGUAAGAAACAACCCAUCCUCGGCCAUCUGGAUCUCUGGUGAUCUUAAUUUGCCAGACAUUAACUGGCAGACUGAGACUGUGACGGGCCAUCAGUACAACCUUGGCGUUAACUCAGCAUUCCUUGCAACCUUUCAAGACGUAUGCCUCAGCCAAAUAGUAGACUUUCCAACGAGAGGCCAAUCAAUCCUAGAUGUCUUCCUCACAAAUCGUCCAUCACUAAUCAGGAAAUGCAUCCCCUUACCAGGUAUCAGUGAUCAUGAUAUGGUCCUCACGGUUGCUGAUAUAAGAGCGAAGAUACAGAGACCAAUCAAGAGGAAGGUCUAUCUUUGGAAGAAGGCAAACAUGGACACCAUCAGAGAAACAAUGGCAAGCUUUGCUGAUAGCUACUUGGACCAGACUUCUCUAGAUACCCCGGUCGAAAGUCAGUGGACAGAGAUCAAAAGUAAGAUCUUAUCUGUACUGGAGGAAGAUGUACCAUCGAAGAUGACCUCAUGCAGAUUUAGCCAACCCUGGAUCACGACAGAAUUGAAACGUCUCUCCAGAAAGAAGAAAAGAUCAUUCAGGAGAUCGAGAGCUGCAGCAGCCGAGUUUGACAACACAGAACACCGUAAUUACAAGGAACUUAAGAAAACCAUGCAAAAGGAAUGUCGUAAAACCUACCAGACCUACAUCUCAGAUCUGAUAUGUGGAGAAGGUCCCAGUGGAGGCAAGAGAUUUUGA